AUGGGACAACUAUUAUCGAAACCCGUGGAGGAGAAGACCAUUGAGCAUCAAAGCCAUGACCUGCUUACGUAUUGUAUCGGAUCAAUGCAGGGGUAUAGAAUGAGUAUGGAAGAUGCUCAUGAUGUUAAGUUACGUGAAGACGAAAGUAUAGGUGUCUUUGGAGUAUUUGAUGGUCAUGGAGGUAAACAAUGUUCUCUUUAUCUCAGUCAACAUUUACUUCGAAUGAUCUUUAGAAGACUAAAACAAGGGGAAGAACUGCAAGAACAGACCGUCUCCUUAACUCAGCGACAGUCUAUCAUCAAAGAUUCUUUCUUUGCUAUUGAUAAACAACUUGAAGGAACCCCCAGUUUGGUUGAAUGUGGAUCCACAGCUAUUGUGGCUACGUAUUUCCGGGACCAAUACAUCAUUGUGGCCAAUACGGGUGAUUCUCGGUGUAUACUUUCUGUUGAUGGACAAGCAAAAAACAUGUCUUAUGAUCAUAAGCCUACGAUAAUGAAUGAACGAAUCAGAGUGGAGAAUAGCAAUGGAUAUGUCUUAAACAAUCGGAUCAACGAGAUUCUUGCCCUUUCACGAGCCUUUGGUGAUUUCAGAUUCAAAUCUCCUUAUCUUUCAUACACCAAGAACAAGUACAUUUUACAGAACCUUCCGGAGUCAAUAAGGAGGCAAUCCAUAGAAUCGGUGAUCCCCAAACAACAUCUGAAAUUGGUUCAUUUGCCACCCGAAUUAUAUCAAAUCACUGUAGAACCGGAUUUCCUUGUGUAUGAUCUUGUUGAUAAUGUUAGACCCGAAUUCAUGGUGAUAGCCUGUGAUGGGAUUUGGGACUGCUUCAAGAAUCAAGAUUUGAUCAAGUUGAUCAGAGACAAGUUGGGGUUAGGUUGGCAACUUCCAAAGAUUACGGAAUAUGCAUUGAAUGAAUGUUUGGUGAUGGCCAAUAAUUAUACGGGGAUUGGUUUUGAUAAUAUGACAAUGAUAAUUGUUGCGUUCCAUCAGGAACAGACCAUGAAUGAAUGGUACGAUAUGAUGAAGGAUAAAGUCUUGAAGGAGAAGAAUUUGGUAUAA